AUGGAGGACCUUCCACGCCGUGCUGGAGGCAUACCGAGAAAGCCUGUUCCAUCGAGCAAUGAGGUAUAUCAGAUUCCUACCUCGCCUCCAGAUCUGUCUCAACUGCCCCUCGCGUCCUCUCAAGACAUUGGCGACAUUUCUAGAAAGAAUAAUUUCCAUUCGAGUACCGAUCCUCUAAUCAGAGAAACCGAGUAUUAUCCUGUACCUGGCAAUGAAGGAUCCACAAAAUCGCAAUCUUUCCGGGUCGAGCAGCAGUCUCAAUCUAGACUUCUGGGAGCCGUAAAAGAUUGGAAAGUGGAAACUUUCUGUUGCGUCUUUGGCAUUGUAUCUUUGGGAGCUAUUGCGGCAACUCUGGCACCCUUCCAGAAUCGACCACUGCCGCAGCUACCAUAUGAGAUAUCGCUGAACUCGCUGAUCUCUCUGUAUGUCAUCAUGUUGAAGACGGCCAUGUUUGUCAUUCUAUGUUCAGGUCUCGGACAGCUGAAGUGGACUUGGUUUUCAAGGACUCGACCGCUACAGGAUCUUGAAAGAUUUGACGAAGCAUCACGGGGUGCAUGGGGUGCAGUGAAGUUGAUAUUCUCUCUGCGUGGCAGGAAUCUGCUUGUAACCCUUGGAGCUCUCAUUACCGUCAUCGCAAUUGCCAUAGAUCCAUUUGCGCAGCAGAUUGUCAAGUACAGCUCAUGCGAGCAGAUAUCCACCAUCUCUCAGGGCUUCAUUCCCCGCACCAAUUCGUUCAGCAAUAGGGGAAUCCAUAUUGGUGCAAACCUGAACACAGUCGACCUAGGCAUGCAAUCUGCUGUUAACGUUGGCAUCUUCAGUCCAUCUACUGUUAUUACUCCCUUCACAUGUAGCACUGGAAAUUGUACCUUCCCUGAGUACCGAAGCAUCGCAUACUGUGGCGGCUGUGCAGACAUUUCUUCAAAUGUGACGAUCACGCAAUCGAAUUCAACAACGAUAUGGUCCGACAACUCUACGUCUACCCUUGAGGGUCCCCUUAACUUCACGCUGCCAUCUGGACUUUUUGGCACCCCAAUGGUGGCCCAUCAAUUUGCGAUAGGCCCUUCAUCAGGGAACUUCGAGGCAAUCAUGGGAGACAGCAACGGUCCGUAUUUGGUCGGCGGAGGCGAUGUCAGUCGCACAAACUAUGCUUGCGCUCCAGGUCUCGAAUGGGGCUGUCGAGGUUAUGGUGCGGCGCAGUGCUCGUUGGAGAUGUGUAUCAAGACCUACAACGCCACCGUCCAAAACGGAAAUUUGACUGAAAGAGAGAUCGGCUCUGAAAUACCAGACUGGAACAACACCGAUCCAAAAACUGGAGACUCUAGUUUCUAUAUCUCCACAAUCGAUAUGUCCUGCUUGAACAACAAUGAGAAGAAGAUGCUGAAAGAUGCCGGCUAUUCAUGGAACGAUACAACGAAAUGGCUUGGAUACCACACGAUCUAUCCUGUGGGUGCAGACGCUGCCCAGUUGACUGACACGGGGUUUAAGAACGUUUCGGAAUCCGACGUAUCGUCUCUGAACGCGUCCUGUGUCUACCAGACUAUAUCGUCCUCAAUUACCAGUAUCGCCUUUUACCUCGCAUCCCAUUUUGAUGGCUAUGCCGGCACCGCACCCCAGUAUGACUCGGGGUCGAAUGAUAUCACUGUAGCGCUCUUCCAAUCUGGAAACGUCAGCACUACCACACUCGACUCAAAUUUCCGUAACGUCUCUAUCGCUAUGACCAACUUCAUCAGACAGAACGGCGGAUUGGUCUCCUCCAACGCCAGUGCUCAAGAAGCUGUCAUUGGACGAGUAUUACUCUCCGAGACGUGCGUGCAUGUACGGUGGGAAUGGUUCACAUUCCCUGUCGCACUGUUUCUGUUUACCAUGCUAUUCUUCGCAGCCACAGUUGUGAAAACAAGCUCGAAGUAUGCGUUGGCUAGUGGGAGCCAUGACUUCAAGUCUUUUGCUCUGCCGCUUGUGUUUACUUGGCUGGAGGCGGAAGAUGGGACGCGAGUGGUCACGGAGCAGAGGUUUGGGAUGGAGGAGAUGAAGGCAGAGGCGAGGAGGAUGCAGGUCAGGCUGAGUAAAACGCAAGAGGGGUGGAGGUUUGUGAAGGAUGAUUGA